CCCACAAGAAGAGGCUGGAGCGAAAAGUUGGGAGUGACCCUCGAAGGAAAAGCAGCCAGGCCCGGGGCACCGUCACUUGCCUUCCUCUCUGCAGCUCCAGAUGUGUGGGAGAGGUGAGGGGACGAAUGAGGAGUUACGUCUUUAUCAUCAUCUCUUCGACAACUAUGACCCAGAACGUCGGCCAGUGAGGGGGCCUGAGGACACUGUUACCAUUACCCUCAAGGUCACCCUGACCAACCUCAUCUCACUGAACGAAAAAGAGGAGACUCUCACCAGCAGCGUCUGGAUUGGAAUCGAUUGGCAUGAUUACCGACUGAACUACAGCAAGGAAGACUUUGGGGGCGUUGAAACCCUGCGGGUCCCUUCAGAACUCGUAUGGCUACCAGAGAUUGUGCUGGAAAACAACAUUGACGGCCAGUUCGGCGUGGCCUACGACUGCAACGUGCUGGUCUCCCAGGGCGGCUACGUGAGUUGGUUGCCACCGGCCAUCUACCGCAGCACCUGCGCCGUGGAGGUCACCUACUUCCCCUUCGACUGGCAGAACUGCUCGCUCGUUUUCCGCUCUCAGACGUACAAUGCUGAAGAGGUGGAGUUUGUCUUUGCUGUGGAUGAUGACGGAGAGACCAUCAGCAAGAUAGAUAUCGACACUGAGGCUUAUACUGAGAAUGGCGAGUGGGCCAUUGACUUCUGCCCCGGGGUGAUCCGCCGCCACAACGGUAGCUCCCCUGAUGGUCCAAGGGACAUUGACGUCAUCUACACGCUCAUCAUUCGCCGGAAGCCACUCUUCUACGUCAUUAACAUUAUAGUGCCCUGCGUGCUCAUCUCAGGCCUGGUACUACUCGCCUACUUCCUGCCAGCGCAGGCCGGCGGCCAGAAAUGCACCGUCUCCAUCAACGUCCUGCUCGCCCAGACCGUCUUCUUGUUCCUAAUUGCCCAGAAAAUCCCAGAGACGUCUCUGAGCGUGCCAUUGCUGGGCAGGUACCUCAUUUUCGUCAUGGUUGUUGCCACGCUCAUUGUCAUGAAUUGCGUCAUCGUGCUCAACGUGUCUUUGCGGACGCCCACCACUCACGCCCAGUCCCUGCGUCUGCGCCACGUCCUGUUGGAGCUGCUGCCGCGCCUCCUGGGCACCGUGGAAUCCCCCGAGGUCCCCCGGGCUGCCUCGCCCCCUAGACGGGCGUCGUCCGUGGGCAUACUGCUCCGCGCAGAGGAGCUGAUACUGAAAAAGCCACGGAGCGAGCUUGUGUUUGAGGGCCAGAGGCACCGGCACGGAACAUGGACCGCUGCCCUCUGCCAGAGCUUGGGCGCUGCCGCCCCUGAGGUCCGCAGCUGUGUGGACGCCGUGAACUUCGUGGCCGAGAGCACUAGAGACCAGGAGGCCACCAACGAGGAGCUGUCCAACUGGGUGCGCAUGGGGAAGGCCCUUGACAACAUCUGCUUCUGGGCUGCUCUGGUGCUCUUCAGUGUAGGCUCCAGCCUCAUCUUCCUCGGGGGUUACUUCAACCAAGUGCCAGAACUGCCCUACCCAUCGUGUAUGUAGACUUAAGCCGGUCACGGCACUGACUUCGACUUUCCCACCCAACUCCACGAGUAGAUUUUGAAAAAUGAGUUGCUGCCACUGCUAUAUUAUGAUUCUUCCCCACUGCUACUAACAAAGCAGUUAUUUUGUAAACACAUGUUGUGUGUGCACAAGUAUGUAGUCCUGGUCACCAUAGAGGGGUCAGAAAGAGGGCAGACAAUUCAGGCAGGCUCUUGGGUGCCAAUCCUCUAGAAAGCAAGGACCAUCCUCUAUUCAGCAUUGCUGACCUCUCAGUUUUGCUCAGGCACCAGCCCCAUGGGACCCUCUAGCCCUGUGAGCGUCUAAGCUGUCUUUGAGAGCCACACAGGAGAAACCCCUUUGCAGGAACAAAAUGCCCUCAGAACAGGUCCCCCACAAUCCCCCACAGGUUUAAGGCUAAGAGUGCCCUGGCCCUCCUUCAGUCAUUUCUUCUAGGUUUUCUUGGCCCAGCACUGCCCACCCCACCCCCCAGACUCACCAAUUGCAGAUCCCAGCCCCCCAUCCCCCUUCAUCCCUAUUCUGCUGGCUUGCUUUGGUUAGUAUCCAAGAUUGUAAGAAAAAACAAGAGAAUAAAAUGGGGCCUGAAAUGGUG